AUGGCCAGCAUGGAGGUCUUCAUUGGUCGAAUUCCGCCCGGCAUAGGUGUUGCAGAGAUCUCCGAUCUCCUGGUCCCAUACGGAGCCACGAACGUUCGCAUCCUGGAUGGCAAGGGCUGCGCGUUCGCGGAUUUCGCCAAUGCGGAUUACGGUCAGCGCGCCAUUGCAGAGCUGAACGGCUACCAGAUGCCUGGAGGUCAGCCAGGGCAGGGUCUCAAUGUAAAGAUGGCGACCAGCAAGGUGCGGCCUGGUGAAAUGCCUUCCGAUUGGCGGCCCAUGCCGGGAGCUGCGCAGAGCGGCCUCGGGUUCGGGGCAGCCGCGCAGGCACCCAUGGGUGCUUCUCAGGUCCAGCCGCAAGUUUUCGUCGGGCGACUUCCUGCGAAUUGCGAGCAGCGUGACCUCGAAGAACUCUUUGCGCCGUAUGGAGCGCACACCAUCAAGUUGCUGGAGGGCAAGAACUGUGCCUUCGCCACCUUUGACACAUGGGCAGCUGCUGAGAAGGCUAUCGCGGAGCUUGAUAAAACGCCGAUGAAAGCUGACGGGAACCCCGAAGGUAUAAAUGUCAAGUUAGCCGACGUCAAGGGAGCGCCGAAAGGUGCCCAGCAGGAGCCCAAGGUUUUCAUCGGAGGCCUUGCGCCAACGAUCACGUCCGACGACAUCAGCAGAGUGUGCCAACAGUUCGGAACCAUUACCCACAGCAAGAUUUUCACCAAAAACGACAAAUCCAUGCCCUGUGCCUUCGUCACCUUUUCGUCGUUUACGGAGGCAGAGGUUUGCAUCAACGCUCUGAGUGGCAAGGAAGAGUUAGCGGCUGAAGGCAAGACACUGGUUGCAAAGAUGGCCGACCUCGCAAAGUCUCGGUCACAGGUGCCAAUGCCGCCAAUGCCGCAGAUGCAGGCUUUUGCACCUGCCCCAAUGCCUAUGCGAGCUGUGCCGCCUCCAACUAUGCGCGGAACGGCUGCGGGGCAGCCGUAUUCCCAAGCAUAUCAGUCACAGGGCAACUUUCAGCAGCAAGGAUUUCAGCAGCAAGGAUUUCAGCAGCAGGGCUUCCAGCAGCAGGGCUUUCAGCAAGGCUUUCAGCCCCCGCAGCAACAGUUCCAGGCUUUUCCGCCGGCCCCAUCAGGCUUGGUCAAGGCCAAAGGUGGUGAUGACCCAGUGCCAACAUCGAUGGGGGGCGGCCAAGGUGAAAAGGUCUUCGUAGGCGGCCUACCUGAGGCCGUGAACAUGGAAUUCGUUUGGGGGAUGAUGGCACCCUUUGGCCAGGUCGCUGAUGUCAAGAUCCUCAGAAAGCAAGGAGCUUCGCCAUGCGCCUUCGUGCGGUUUGCCCAACCCGAGGAUGCAGACCAGGCAGUGGAGAUGCUCGGGAGCUGUCGCUUCACCGUGAAGUUUGCGGACAACAAGCCCGGCAUGCAAGGCCAAAAGCGGGGUUUCGACGAAGCUUUUAGGCCUUACUGA